AUGCGACGACCUGAGCCGUGGCAGCGCCUGCUGUCCCACGUACGCCACACCAUCGCUACACCGUUUGUUUUGCGAAUCGGCACCGGCCCGCCAGGCUCUCUCCCACCGGUGGCUGCCGCCCCCCACCCCCCCUCAGCUCUGCCUACAAUUGCUGCGAACUACUCUGAGCUCUCGGCUUUUGAAAAGGAUUAUGCCGCUCGCUGUUUGGAGUACGUUGCCCACCAAGCGGAUGAUACCCAGGUGGAGGAGUGCGACUCGAUUCCGCACCCUACCUCGUCGUCCUCGGUAGCGCCGACGCUCCCGGAGGACCCGUGUGCCUCGACGUGGCGCCCCCUCUUCGACCUCCUUGUGCUUCCCGACGGGUCCCUGUGCAUCGGGUGGUUUCGCCACCAUGCGCUCGACCUGCAGUGGGGGCAUCACGUGGAGGCCUACGUUGCAGACCUGUGGCAAAAGGCACCGCGCACGUUGUGGCUGCAUUGCCGUGAGAAGAUGAACUUCCUGGUGCGCAGGCAGCUGCCGAUGCGCCAUCGGCACCUAGCCGUCUUUUCUCGGAAGGACACGGUUUCUCCCGACGAGGAGCAAAGUUUGCAGGCAGCUGUCCGCUCUCUUCAUGCGGCGGCAUCGACCGCAUACCAUUUAGAAGAUAAUGUCCUGCUGCACGCCUCAACCUCGGGCAGGCCCACGCUGCUUUUUGUGCGAGCGCUGAUGCGCGACAUUGAGCGGCGCGAUCGGGAGCUCCCCACCGGCACCGCCGUUGCAGUAAUGCAACUUCUUGUCUUGACGUUCGCGACGUACUACGACGGCAUGCCGCGAGACAUGGCCGAGGCGAUCGCGGCCUCCGCAGGCCAGAUAUGUGCCUUGACGAGUGACUCCGGCUGCCACCAGCUCCUCGCUUGGGGAGCGCUGCUGGUGGGAUGCACGGAUGACCACGCAAAGGCCGGCAUAGAGGUCGUCCAAGGUGAUGCAGCCACACAGGCACUCACAUUAACGUUGCUGAGUUCGAUUGCCAUCCCAGGAGCGGAGCGAGAAGCGGCGUUGCGGUGGCACGCGGAGCAUCACCUGCAUCCGCUCUGUGACACUCUUGUCUCGGAAGAGGCACUACUGCUCGAUGCCCUUUCUGCUUUCCGCUCCGGCGCCCAAAGUGCAGAAUAUCGCUCCGUGCGUUCCUCCUGCGCGGCUACCGGCGACGUGCCUAUCGAUAGAGAUGCCACAAACAGUGGAGCUGCUCGCGGUGAUGUGGCCGCGUGGCACUUCAGCCGUGUUCUGGACCAGAAAGUGGGCGAUCCGGAGGACGAGGCGGUGCUGCGCUUGGAGCCGGCUAAGGAGUCAGAUCAGCUUCCUCUCCCGUGGCUACCCGGCACCGGCGUGGACGCCAAGGGCUGCUGGUGCACGCUCCUCACCCACUCGAGGAUCCUGCUGUCCCACAGCAAGGCUGACAGCCGCCACGCGCGCAGCACCGCUGCGUAUCGCCAUGCAGCCACAGUGAAGCGGGUGCAUUGUAUGCUGCGCAUCGCUCUGGUGCGGCGCUGCCUGUUUGAGACGACCGACGCCAACAUAUCCAGCCAGUACUCGAUCCUCACUCACCUCUUCUCCUCUGCUCAGGCCCCGUCGGCGCGCCUGACGCUCAUUCACCUCGCGACCACCCACGUGCCUCGGGAGGUGAUCGACCCUGAGAAGCACCAACGGACGCUAAUGGGGCUUCUCUUUCUCUUCCCAUCCUUGUCACUGCGCUCCCUUUAUGGCGGCACAGUGGCGCGUGCUCACGCGUCACUGUCCACCGCUGCUUGCGCGCUGCAGUGCACCUCGUGCCUCGACAAUUCUCAAACGUCUGCGGCAUCGAAUAGCCCCUUAACAGUGCGCAUUCCGGCCAGAUGCGCGGAGGGUCUAGCGACCCGGCUACAUGGUCGAGACACCGCGCUGAUUUGCGUGGUGCACACGGUGUCGAACGAACCUGACGCUGCUUUUCUUUUGGAUGAUUUGUGUAUGAACCUUCACACAAUUCUGCGCCGCUCUUGA